UCUCCUCUAUGAAAAACACAUAAAUAUUUCCUGUUGUUGGUGGUGUCUCUAUUAGAUCAAAAUUGAACGUUUAGAGGACUUCGAAUCAAGAUUUAUUUGGAUCUAGAUCAGCUAAAUAGCGACGGUUCAGUAUGACAGACUACAACGCUCCAGCACCUGGUCAGUAUAAUGUGACCACCGAGACCACAACAAGCGCAAGUGUUGGACCUGCAGAACAACCUUCCAUCGGACUGGAUAGGGAAUGGGUAAAGAGCUUGCCAUCCUACCUCAAGAUCGCAGAAAUGGUGUUAGAUCUGAUCCUGUUCAUAUGUGCUAGUGCCAAUAUCUACUUCUCCAACUCUGGAGGGGGCUGGGUCCAGUUCGUGGCUAUCUCUGCCCUUAUCACCACACUGCUCUUCUUCCUCUUCCAUCUACUCAGAGUCAUUGGCAGACUGCCUGGACCCUGGGGUUUGAUUGAGUUUAUCUACUACAUUGUGUACGACGUAUUAUUACUGAUUGCGGCUAUCGUAGCAGCUGCUCUGACAGGAACUACGAAUCCUAAUGGCAACGGUGCAAUCAUAGCAUCCGCGCUGUUCGGCUUUGUCACUUUUGGGGUGUAUAUGGUUGACUCAUUCUUCAUGUACCGGAACUGGAAGGCUGGUAAAUUUGCUGCCGGAGGUUCCAGCACAAUGCAUACAACCAGCACCACCUCGACAUCGUACGAAACCCGCACCCAGUACUAGGCCUGGAACAUCAGACACCAUACCCAGCAGAGAUAUACAACAGCACGAGUAGGGUCAUCAGGAUUGUGUGAAAAGUGCAUUAUAAAGUUUUGCUUCAUUUUGUAACCCUAGGCUACAUCAAAACAUCUUUAAAUGAUGUGUUGAUUACUGCUAAACUGAUUCCAACAAUUGAGUUGAUACAGUGGUUUCAUGGAGGAAUGACGGGGCUUUCCAUGUGAGAAACCAAUUUUCAAUUUUUGCUUAUAUGCAAAAGUAGCUGUAUUGUAGGUGUGUUAUAUCACAAGUAAUGAAACGUUUUGUUCUGUUAAUAGAUAGUUUGUGUUUUUUCACUAAGUUGUGCUAAUGUUUUGUACAAAUAAGAAAAGGAAGUUUAAAUGAACCUGAUUCAUAUUUACAUAAUCACUAAAAUAUGUUGUCAACAGCUGUGACCCAGAAAAAUAAAUGCUGAUAUAGUGUGUAGAGUUGGUUCCCUUGGAUGGCUGACUUUUAAGUGGGUGAACCUAUUGCCCUAGUAUGGCGUGUAUAGAAUUUUACCAGAGGUAGGCUGAAAUAAGCCCAUAGUACAGUAAUUGACCCGUUAUUUAGUCAUUUAAAAACAUAGCUGUCAUCUGUAAAUCUGUUGUACAAAAAGUGAACUAUUACCUAGCAUGGAUUUAUAUGUCACUACCAGUAAAGAGUAUGAGAUGCUAGGAGGGUAUAAAAACUAGUGUAGUUUGUUGGGUUCAUUGGUUCAUCGUUACUGGUGUGCAUCUUUCUAAUUAUACUGUGGUGUACUAUUUCUUUGACUUAAACAUAAACAAGGAUACAAGAUGUGCAAAAACUAGUAUUGGACAAAUGAAAACUGUUUAUUUCUUUUCUGUUCUUUUUUAUUUUUAUUUGUUUAUGUACAUUAACUCAUUCACCCCUGAAUACACAUUUGAACUCUUCCAGUUCAAAGGUUGGAAUAGUUCAUUAUGAAAUUUCAGGGGUGAAUGAGUUAAGUAUUUUUGUGUAACAAAGCUGGUUGUGUAUGAGUGUAUUUUAUUUCCUAGUUCAGAACCGUCAUUUAGAAUACUGUCAAAAGUUUAAAACAUUCUUGUCAAAUGAAAAUCUGUGAUCAUAGUAUCAUAAAGUUAGAAUUUUGUAAAACUUUAAAGAGUUUGGUAUUUGUUAAAACUUGUGUGAUUGGAUCCUGAAAAAGGAAAAUAAUUUGUUUAUAGUUCUAUGCAAGUAUCCUUUGUGUUGAGAAAACAAUACUCAUCCAAUGGUUUUUACUAGAAACAGAAUCUGUUUAAUUCCAGCAUAAUUAUGAUAUAGGUAAAUAUUGGUUAUUUUUCUCCUCUCUAUACAUGUUAGUUUUAGUUUAUAUGUACAUAAAAAUACAAUAAACCUGAAUAUUUUUUUAUUCAUUUUUAAGCAAAACGAGUUUGAAGUACAUGUAUUAUUUAAAUUAAGAUUAUAAUAGGGGAUUGUUAUUGUUAAAUAUCUGUAAACAUUUGCUGAUUGAUAAAGAAUACUCUAUCUGGAGCUGGAAAAUGAUCUUGGGGUGAUAUUUGAGAUCUUUGGGUGACAUUUGAAUGUCAUUGUUAUUAAAAUCUCUUAUAAAUGAGGCGUGCUCCUAGAACAAAUCCAGAUUCCUAUAAAAUCACAGCUUCAACUUUUUAAUCUAAACCAGCUAAUGAGUGCGAUAUAUAUGUUAACUUAUACAUGCUUAUUGUAUUGUCAAGAUAUGGAUCUGAUUGCGGUAAAAGUGUAAUUUAUUAGUAUUAGUAUCUUUAAAAAAAUAACUACCUAUGAAAUUUGCAUGAAAUAUUAUAAAUUAGAAUAUAUCUGGAAUAAAUCUCUUUUACAGUGGAAAUGAAGUCAUAGUAUAAUAAUAUGUGUGUACAGAAGUGUAAACUAGUUUGUGUAUUACAUGUAGGUCACAUGUACACAGGUGAGACACAGUUUCCUGUAUACCUGUGUAUGAUAUAGGCAAAAUGUUAUUACCAGUAAUUGUAUGCCACACAGAUAAAAUAUAGUUCUUUAAACCUAUAAAUAGACUCAAACUGGAGAAAGAUUUAUGAGAUAAUGAUCAAUUUCUGUUUUGAAAAUUCAUAGAUUUUUAUAAAGUUCCUGGUAUUAAAGAGUUAUGCCAAGCUUCAGAUAUAAAUAUAGAGGGAAUUAAUUGUUUCUUGUGAGGGAUUAAUUUUGAUGUUUAAUUCUGCUGUGCUGCAGUGAAAACAGUACGUUUUUCUCAUGAAAAUAUUUUACGAAUGAAAACUAAAUUGUGCAAAAUGGUGGGUCAGUAUAAACUGAAAUCUAAAUGAGAUACAUGAGAGAAGUGACAACCAUUAUCGUUUGUAUAGUUUCUAUGGAUCACCUGUAUUUCAUUUAUGGCAGCUUCAUGUUGUGGUGGUAGUUUAGUGGUGUGUUUGUUAGGACUCCUAUAUCUGUGAUUGUUACCUGUACUUCUAAACAAAAAUAGUGUCAUGUUGAUUUUUUUUUUUUAAUUUUCUAUAAAAGAUCAAACAUUGUAAUUGUUAUUGAGAUAUGAUGCCUUUCAAAAGCUAUUCCGUUUAAUAUUCAAAUAUUUCACCGGUACAUGUCACUUCAAUUUUUUUUUUAUUUUUUUUAUUUAUUUAUUUCAAUUUGA